AUGUUUGCUGUUGAGGUGAGUGAAGCUAAGGGUGGAAUCCAAGAGUGGGAGGAGGAGGAGGAGAAGGAGGAGGAAGCAGCAGAGAGGACGCCCAUGGGAGAAAAGGUUCCGAACUCUCCCAGGACUUUGCUGUCUCUGAGAGGGAAGGCCCGGAUGGGGAUCCCCAUGGAAGUCAAGCUGGAGCUGCACCUCCUGCAGAAUAGGUGGGCUCUGUGGUUCUUCAAGAAUGACCGCAGCCGGGCCUGGCAGGACAACCUGCACCUGGUCACCAAGGUGGACAGUGUGGAGGACUUCUGGGCGCUCUACAGUCACAUCCAGCUGGCCAGCAAGCUCUCCUCUGGCUGUGACUAUGCCCUGUUCAAGGAUGGCAUCCAGCCCAUGUGGGAGGACAGCAGGAAUAAGCGGGGUGGCCGCUGGCUGGUCAGCCUGGCCAAGCAGCAGCGCCACAUUGAGCUGGACCGGCUGUGGCUGGAGACGCUGCUGUGUCUGAUCGGGGAGAGCUUUGAGGAACACAGCAGGGAAGUAUGUGGGGCCGUCGUCAACAUCCGCACCAAGGGGGACAAGAUCGCUGUGUGGACGAGGGAGGCAGAAAACCAGGCGGGCGUGCUGCACAUUGGGCGUGUAUACAAACAGCGCCUGGGCCUCUCCCCGAAGACCAUCAUUGGGUACCAGGCCCACGCAGACACAGCCACCAAGAGCAACUCCCUAGCCAAGAACAAGUUUGUGGUGUGA